AUGGAUGAGCCUACGGGCAAACGGCUUCGCAUUAGCAGUUAUGCCUGCGCAGUUAUAACUGCACAGUUGGACUGUGCAGUUAUAACUGAGCCAUUACAACGAGGAAACCGAGAGCGGCAAGAACGGAACAGUGGCUCCAUAUACCCUGCCGUCGGCAGCUAUGGAGUGGAAUCUACUAUACAACAACGGGUGCGUGAUGAUGUUAUCACUACACCCGUAACUCUCGUCGAGAGUGUUAGACCGCCGAAGGACUUGGGAAAAGACAAAAACGAUGAGGAAAUCCAACGUCUGCGGUCGGAUGUCUGCCGUUUGGCUGGAGAAUUGAACUUCAUGGCCGAUAAAUUCGAACAACACACCGAAGAAACAGAUGGGUUGAAGAAGAAGAUUGUGGCCCAGCAGGAAAAGCUUCAGCAGUGGGAGAAGAAGAAUGAAGAAAUUGAACACCAGCUGGAGCGGACUAACCAGACUAUUGUGACGCUUCGCCGAAAUAUCUCGAGCCAAAACAAUCUCAUAGGCUCAUUAAAAGUGGAAGCGAUGAUGAGGGACAGGAAGAUUGAAUCUCUGGAAAAUGUUAUUGUAGAAAAGGAAACCGUGAAGAGAGAUUCGAUCAUCCCUCAUCUAGAAAGCAGACUGGAAGAACUGUCCUUUCAAUGUGAGCUUCUGGGGGCAGAUAAGAAACAAAUGGAGGAACGAAUAGAAGAACUUCAAAUGGAUAAGUCGAAAACCGAGCUCGAGAAUCGAGGCUCAGACGCUAGGCAAUUCGAGUCUCUAGUUUCUUGGAUGGAAAAUUUGUCGUUAAACGAAUGGGAAGAAACUUCCAAAGCGGAAUUUGAUAUAGACAGCUUAAAUAAAGCAGUUAUUCAAAUGAUGAAACUAGUGAAUCGACAAACUCUUGAUCAAGAGGAUAGGUCCAACGCCAGGGCAUUGAUAGCUGAACUGAAGAGACAGAGGAAAACUCUGGGAAAUAACAAGGCUGAUUUGGCCAUGAAAGCACAUCUUGACAUUCAUAUACAUCUCCUGGGUAAAGCUCGAGGUAACAGAAUCAAAAAGGAGAUUGAAAAACUUAAAGAAUGUUCCUGCCAGAAGAAAACUGUCCUACCGACAGGUCUCCCAGAGGAAGAGAAAACCUCCGUCCUUCCAAGAUUUGGACUUGUACCGGAGAUCAUUCCUACUAUGAAGGAUUCCAUACCCAUGGCCCAACGCGAGACUUUGAAGGAAGAGCUCAUGGGGAUCUUUCGUGACGCAGUUGCUCCAGAUGAGGUACCAAAUUAUCUCGGCCUCACCACUAAUACUUCUGCCGUUGUUCCAGAACAAGUUGCUUCUCAGCGACCGAACUUCAGGUUGACGAGAUCAAAAUUUCAAGAGGAGACAGACGUUAUCUACAAUGAGUGGCAAGACAUACUGAAAAAGCAAUUGAUGCUAGACCAGUACGAAUGUCAAAUGGAAAGAAGAAGGUUGAAAGAAUGGGAACAAGAUCUGGGUACACGACAGAAUGGACUGAAGGAAACUGAGAACAAACUGAGGAAAUUUCUCGAGCAAUUGAGAAAAUAUACUAUGGUGGACAAUGAAAGAAUGUUAAAACAAACAGAACACUUGAAAGAACGUGAAGAAAACCUAAGUAUAAGACUGAAAGAAUUGGAAAAAAAAGAAAAAUACAUGCAGGAAAGAGAACAGAAAGAAUUGGGACAAAAUGACAAAUACUUGCUGGAAUGGGAAGAAAACCUGAUUAUAAGACAGAAUGAAUUGGGACAGAAAGAAAAAGACUUGCAGGAAAGAGAACAAAAUAUGAAUAUGAAACACAAAGAAUUGGAACAAAAAGAAAAAGACUUGCAGGAAAUGGAACAAAAUGUGAAUAUAAAACAGAAAAUAUUGGAACAAAAAGAUGAAAACUUGCAAGAAUUGGAACAAAAUUUCAAACAAAUAAAAGAAGAGUUCCAGGAAUGGGAACACUACAUGACCUUAAUACGUGAUAGUAUUGCAAGAGGGAAAAAAAAGUCUCAAAAUGAGAAAGAGGAGGAUGUCUUUAUGGCUGAAGAGUUUCCCUCAACUCGUCAAGAGGAGGAUGUCUUUAUGGAUGACGAGUUUCCCUCAACUCGUCAAGAGGAGGAUGUCUUUAUGGCUGAAGAGUUUCCCUCAACUCGUCAAGAGGAGGAUGUCUUUAUGGCUGAAGAGUUUCCCUCAACUCGUCAAGAGGAGGAUGUCUUUAUGGAUGACGAGUUCCAUUUCUCAAAAUCGUCAAGAGGAGGAGUCUUUAUGGCCUGA